AUGGCGCAGGAACAUGGCAAAAACAUCCCCUCCUACAGCCAAAUCGCCUGCGUCGGCGCUGGCAUCAGUGGGAUCGCACUCGGCGCCACGCUGAAACGAUGGUACAACCUGGACGACAUCCGCCUGUUCGAGCGCCAUAGCGACUGCGGAGGAACAUGGCAUAUUAGCUCGUACCCUGGCUGUGCAUGCGAUGUACCCAGUGCGCUAUACAGCUACUCCUUUGCACCAAACCCAGAAUGGACCAAGUUGAUGCCCUCGUUCGAGGAGAUUCAAGCCUACCAGCGAGCUGUGGCAGACCGGUAUGGACUGCGCGAUAAAAUGACCUUUCGUACAGAGGUGAAAGAGUGUUUCUGGAGGGAGGACGCUUCACGGUGGCUGAUGGUACUGCGGAAUGUUGAUACCGAUGAGAUCUCCUACCACGAAUGUCAGAUCCUUUUUGGAGCGACGGGCAUCCUAGUUGAGCCUCGUCCUUGCGAUAUUCCUGGGGCGUCGACCUUCAAGGGAUCCCUCUUCCACUCUGCGCGGUGGGACCAUGAUGUUAGCUUGGAGGGGAAGAAGGUCGUCGUUAUAGGCAAUGGAUGCACUGCUGCUCAGAUUGUGCCAGCGAUAAUGCAACCCAGCACAUCAGUAACGCAAAUCAUCCGCAGCCAGCACUGGGUCGUUGACCGUGGAAACUUCACUUACCCUCCGUGGAUGAUCUGGGCAUUUCGCCAUAUUCCUCUUCUUCACCGUCUCCAUCGCUUCGCGAUCUACCAGGGCGCCGAAGCCGACUGGCAGUUGUUCCCAAUGACCAAGCCCGCCGCACAAUACCGGCAGAAGAGGCGCGUGGAAAUCGAAUCUUAUAUGCGGAGGACAGCUCCAGCAAAAUAUCACGACAUUCUCAUUCCAGACUUUGAAGUUGGCUGCAAGCGCCGAAUCUUCGACUGCAACUAUCUCGACUCUCUACACAACGAGAAGAUGCUCCUAACAGACGCAAAGAUCCUCGAAAUCGUCCCCGAGGGCCUCCAGACCUCGAACGGACUCAUCGAAGCAGACGUGAUCGUCCUAGCAACGGGGUUCAACACAAAUACCUUCCUCCCAGGAAUCCAAGUAUAUGGCCGAAACAGCAAAACCGUCGAGGAGCACUGGGGACGCAAUCACGGCCCGGGGGCGUAUAAUACAACCUCCAUGAACGGGUUCCCUAAUUUCUUCCUCUUGCUUGGGCCGAAUACUAUUACUGGCCAUACGUCUGCUAUUAUGGCGACUGAGAACUCUGUGAACUAUGCACUCCGUAUCCUCAAGCCCGUUCUAGAUGGAUCUGCUGCCUCGGUCGAGCCGAAGCUCAGUGCCGAGGAUGACUACAUUGAUAAGGUCCAAGCUGCUUGUCAGAAUACCGUUUGGCAUUCGGGGGGUUGUAACUCGUGGUACAUCAACGACAAAAAGUGGAACGCGACGGCAUAUCCCUGGACGCAAGCCCAUUUUUGGUAUAGAUGUCUGUUCCCUGUUUGGACGGACUGGAAUAUUAAAGAGGGUGCUAAGAACUGCGAACAGUGGGUUCAAAAACCGGCAAGGACAGGCCGGAAACAGUUGCUGUUGAUUAUCUUAUUCAUCAUUUGGGCUGGAAUAUAUAAGAAGAGACUCAAUAUUCGUGGCGUUGCUUCGACUAGGCGGAUUGUAAGUGACUUGAGAAGGAGAGUUGGAUACUAG